UAUAUACCAAAGAAGAAAGGACAGAACAAUGUCCAUAAGGGUCGUUAGCUUUAUACUUAUGUUCCUGGUGCUACAUGUAAGAGACUCUCGAUCUAUUGCACAAACUGAAGCUCCGGGCCAAGCACUGAUUCCUGAAACGCGUGAGCUGCCAACUGCAGGAAGAAGAAGUACUCGUAUGAAUGUUGAAGAGAAAAUCUAUGGUGGUGUUCCAGCUGAGGCUGAGUACGUUGGAAAAGGGCUUGGAUCAGGAAGGAAAAUGAUGAUUAAAAGGGAUAUGGGAAUGGUGAAAGACGAAGGUUUGAAAGGAGACGAUUUGAAGAUUAAAGGGAGUGCAGCCAGUUAUGUUGGAAUUCAGAAUGUAAACUGUAAAUUGAGAAUAAAAGCAGUUCCUCGACCCAAGGACGAUGUCAAAAUGGCUGGUUUCGUAGCUUUUAAUGCUGAUUACCACGUCCCGAAACCUCAUCCACCUAAGAAUAACUAAGGAGGCCAGUAGUAGAGAAGUCCCUUGGGACACAAAUUUUGGUUCAAGUCUGCCUUUCCCUUUACUAAUGUUUACUCCCUUCUAAUAUUUACUAUCUUUGGUUUUGUAAGCGAUAAUUAAAACAAGUAC